CACAGAUUUGAAAAUGUCGGUUCCCGCGGGUUGUCGCCUGAAGUGGUCAACGUCUGUUGGAGAUAUCGUUAAAAGAACAUCGGCUCUUAUAAAUUAUGCUCGUUCAGUAUAUGACAAAGUGGCAUCGUCUGAGUCUGCCACUUUUGAGUCAGUUGUCCUGCCUAUGUCUCUGUUCGAAGCUGAAUACCAAACAGAAAGGAAUGCUAUCGACUUUCCUCAACACACGUUCCCUUGUAAAGCUAUGAGGGAUGCUAGCUGUGAUGCUACCCGUAAACUUUCGGAUAUUGAAGUCGAAUUGGAAAUGCGGAAAGAUGUGUUUGAAAAGUUCGUCUCAGUUCAAGAAAAUAUUGAUGUAUCAUUCUCCAGUGAAUACCUUCGUUACGUAAAUAGGAAAGUUCAACUUGGUCGAAGAAAUGGUCUUCAUCUGGAUGACGAUAAAAGGAAAUUGAUAGAAGCUUUGAAUAAAGAAGAAAAUCAGUUAUGUAUCGAUUUCCAACGUGCUUUAAAUGAAGAGAACAUGUUGUUGCAGUUUACGGAUGAGGAAUUGACUGGAUGUCCUGCUGAUUUCAUUGAUGGUUUGAAAAAGCUUCCUUCUGGCAAACGUGAAGUAUCUCUCAAAUAUCCACACUAUUUCCCAAUCAUGCAAAAAGCAUCUAAUCCAGAAACAAGAAGAAUAUUGGAAACAGCUUUUAAUUCAAGGUGUAUUAAGGAAAAUUCACCUAUAUUAAAACGUUUAAUGGAACUACGCAAAGAACGUGCAACGAUUCUCGGUUUUCCUACACAUACUGAUUUUAUGCUUGAUUUACGUAUGGCUAAAACUGCUGCCAAUGUUGAUAAAUUUUUAAAUAACAUUGGAACAAAAUUAAAAAAAGCUCAGGUGAAAGAGACUGCACGUUUAUUAGAAUUGAAAAAAGAAGAGUGUGAACGUUUAGGAUAUACGUUUAAUAAUUGCUUAAAUCCUUGGGAUACACGAUAUUAUAUGAAUAUGGUUAAAGAACGAGACUAUUCCGUUGACGAAACAGUUUUGAAGAAAUAUUUCCCAUUGACCACUGUAAAAUCAGGUAUAUUACGACUAUAUCAACAUUUACUUGGUUUGAAAUUUGAGCGUGUCUCGAAUGCAGAAGUUUGGCAUGAAGAAGUAGAAAUGUAUUCAGUAAGUGAUUCUCAAUCUAGUAGUCUGUUAGGUUAUUUCUACCUCGAUCUGCAUCCACGUGAAGGUAAAUACGGACAUGCAGCUGUAUUCGGUUUACAACCAGGAUGCUGUAGAUCAAUGGAUCCUUAUAAUAUUACUGUUGCUGAACAUAGUCAGUCUUCAUUAUUGUUAACGACUGAACGUCAACUGGCUGUAGCAGCAAUGGUUGCUAACUUCACUGCACCAAAUAAAGAAACUGGUGAAGGCUAUUUAUUACAUGACGAAGUUGAGACAUUUUUCCAUGAAUUUGGUCAUUUAAUGCAUCAGAUUUGUUCACACACUGAAACAGCCUUCUUUAGUGGUACAUCUGUAGAAACAGAUUUUGUCGAAUGUCCAUCACAAAUGUUAGAAAAUUGGGUAUGGAAUGCUGAUGGACUAAAAGCAUUACUCGGUACAGAUAGUGAUCCAAUUCCAAAAGAUUUAUUAACUAAUUUAAUUAAUUCACGUAUAGCAAAUGCUGGUCUAUUUUAUUCUCGACAAUUACUUUUAGCAUCAUUCGAUCAAGCUAUUCAUACAACAAAUUGGAAAGAUGAUCCACUAGUCACUUUUACAAAUUUAAGCAAAAAAUGGAUAGGUAUUGAACCGACACCAGGUACUUUUAUGCCUGCAUCAUUUGGACAUUUAGCUGGUGGAUAUGAUGCACGUUAUUAUAGCUAUUUGUGGAGUGAAGUGUUCAGUGCUGAUAUGUUUGAAUCACGUUUUCAAUGUGCUAUAGAUGGUGGUUGCUUAAGUGAAUCAGUUGGAAAAGAUUAUCGUGAAAAAAUUCUUCGUCCCGGUGGUUCUAAAGAUGCUACUGAGAUGUUGAAAGAUUUUCUUGGUCGUGAACCAAAUGAUCAUGCUUUCUUUAAAUUAUUAAAUAUUAACACAAACGAUGAAUGACCACCACCUAAUUUGUUUCUCAAUUAAUUUUUUUUCAGCUUUUAUGAGAGGAGUACAACAAAAUUCAAUUGUUUAUAUUUAUAUAGGAUGUCUUAUUGUUGGCUUUUUUUGUUACGUUAAAUAAAAUUAUUCUGGAUUUUUUUUUAAAUGUUUUUAUUUUGUUCGAAAUUAUUUCAAAGAAGCAUCAUUUAAGGUAUGUAGUUGCUGUUUACAGUUAUUUCAGUUGAAAUUAGUUCCCAUUAGGUUGUUAUUAGCAUUUUGUUUAGUUUAUUUUAUCCGAAUUAUUUCUCUGUGUGUUCAUUUCAUGUCAUUAAUACAACUAAUCUCGCCAUUUUCUUCUUCCCAUUAUUUCUGUAAAAUGAGUAUUUCACAUGUUAGAGUAGUUUUUUUUCAUCAUAGAUUAGUUACACUAACUAUCUAAAAGUGUAACCUUAACUAUUUGAUGUGGAAUAUGUUCAAUGUCAUGGCAGUUCAAUAUGCUCGAUAAUAAGUUAGAAUUUGGAAUGAAAUGUCUCAUGGAAUCGAUGCUAAUCUACAGAAUUGAUUCACUAAAUAAAUUGAAACACUGUUGAAAUUUCUAAUUAUAACAUAUUCAUAGGACAUUCGAAACAUUACACACAACCUUGAAGUUUUAUUUCGAAGAGAAUGAUUAAAUUUUCAAUUAGUUAAGUAUUCUGUAAACCAAAGGGGGAUAUUGAACAAAAUUCUUAUUCCUACUGUUACUUAAUAUUCACACUAAUUAGUUGAUUAAUUAUGUUUGUCUUGGCUUUCAUUUUAAUCUUUCAAACGUUAUGUAACUAAAUAUUAUAUUGAUAAACUACCUUAUCAUCAACUAAUUGGUAUUCACUUCUUACUCUUACUUGUAAAACACAUAUUAGUGUUACAGCUUAACGAAUGCUGGUCGGAAUCCUAUGCUCCAAUGAAGUUAAGUAAGAAAGAGCCUUGAUCAAGAACUAAUUGAAAAAAAUGUUUCUUCUGUCAAUGUUAAUAUUUAGUGAAGUAAAGCUUAACAGUUAAUAUGAUUGUUCUGUUUCAAAUUAUUGUUCAACAAUCAUCAGGUUUUGAAAUAUAUAUUCAAUAAAGUGAUUUAGAUAUUAAAAGACCUAAUAUUCUUUGUCGAUUACACUGAUUCGCUCA